CUCUUUUUCGUCAUUCCAAUUUUUCAAGCUGAAAAGAAAAGAACGUCGUGUGCGUGUUUUGAUGGCGCGAUAAGUGGAAAAAAUAAAAACAAUUUUUGCAGCUUUGUGAAAAUACAAUUGAUGGCAAAACGAGUGCGUUUAAAGUUUAAAGUUUAAGUGAAUAUUAGCAGUGCACAAUAUAUAUAUAAAUCCGAUUGAAAAGUGCAAGAAAAACCAUAAAAAAGAACUAAAAGCAACGGAAAAAUAACUUCUGGAAUAAUUUCGGGCCUUUUUUAUUAGCAAAUUUAAAAAUAGCUGCGAAAACAUUCAGCUUCAACUGGUGACUGGGAACUAUCCAACUUCGAGUGGCUUACGCAUGCCUUUGAAUUUGCAUCUUCGCACCCGCACAGCAGCCAGCAAAAGCCAUCGCAGAAAACCCUAUGGAUGACCCAUCAAUAAAAAAACGGUUAAUAGAUUUGUAUACUGACGAACAUGAAUACGAUGAAGUUCAGGAGCUGCCAGAAGAGUCAAGCAUUCAGCCACCGGAGUCAUCAGCCAGCAAUCCAAGCACGAACGGUGCCAGUAACUCAGGCCCUGCAACUGCAAGUAAAUCAGGAACAGCAGCAGGAGGACCAUCAUCUGCGUUUGAACCUCAGUCACCAGCCAUAGCCAUUGUUGCGGACUCAGUUCCCGAGCUGCCAGCGCCCAAGCAGAAAUCUGUAAAGAACUCCAAGAGCAAACAGAAGCAGAAGCAGUUGGCCAACAAGUCGAAGAUACCGCGUUCCCCAUCGCUGGCAAGCAGUCUGAGCAGUCUGGCCAGCAGUCUGAGUGGUCACAGGGAUCGGGAUAAAGAUCGGGACAAGGAUCGAGAUCGGGAGAACCACAAUUCCGUGCCUCCGCAGACGCCGCCCUUGCCAGCGAGCUACAAGCAGAGCCAGAUGAAUGGUGACUCCACAACUGCAGCCGGUGGUGGUGUUUCUGCCCCAGCCACGCCCACAUCCGCCAACAAUAACAAUGCGAGCAACAAGAACGGCAGCAUAAUGGGCGGGGCAUCGGACAACGCCAAUUCUGUUCUCCAGGCACCAGGUGAACGGAGCAGCCUCAAUCUGACACCCCUCUCCCGGGACCUGGGUGUCGGUGGACAUUCCCUGGAGCCCACGACGCCAGCGACCACGCCGACGACGCCAAGCCUAGCAUUACCAAAAAAUUUUCAGUAUUUAACCCUGACAGUGCGCAAGGAUGGCAAUGGAUACGGCAUGAAGGUUUCCGGGGAUAAUCCUGUAUUUGUGGAAAGCGUUAAGCCCGGCGGAGCAGCCGAAAUUGCAGGCCUGGUUGCUGGCGAUAUGAUACUAAAGGUAAAUGGCCAUGAAGUACGCCUGGAAAAGCAUCCAACUGUAGUGGGUCUUAUAAAAGCUUCUACAACUGUGGAACUGGCAGUGAAGCGAAGUCAGAAGCUAACGCGACCCACUUCCGUGUCCGUGGUGACGCCCUCGACACCCAUUCUUUCUGGACGAGAUCGCACGGCUUCCAUCACUGGACCACAACCAGUGGAUAGCAUCAAACGGCGGGAGAUGGAGACGUACAAGAUCCAGACGUUGCAGAAAAUGCUGGAGCAGGAGAAACUCAAUCUGGAGCGUUUGAAGAGCGAUCAGAACAAUCCCAGCUACAAGCUGUCGGAGGCGAACAUCCGCAAACUGCGCGAGCAACUGCAUCAGGUGGGAGCCGAGGAUGCACCGACUGUUAAACUUCAGGCGGCCGCCGGCAAUAAGAACACAGCAUUACUAACGCCCAACCAAAUCCAACACUUGUCCGCGUCCGCCACUCACAGCAAUCAGCAAUUCCAUCAACUUCACCACCACCACAAUCUCAAUCUCCACAAUCUUCACAACAACAAUUAUCCGCCACAGCAGCAACAGCAGCAGCCAGCUAGCACUUCACCCGCAUUCCUGUCCCUCCUGCCGCGUUCCCUUUCGUCCCUGUCGCUGGGCACGCGCAAGAACAAGAUCGAGAAGGACCUAACCCCCUCCUCGUCUCCGUUCGGUCUCACCACGGACUUUCUGCAGCAGCAGCGGCAGGAGGCCAUGUCGCAGUCCAUGCACCAGCAGCACAGCAGCACGCCCACCUCGCAGCAGGCGUACUUCCAUCAGCAGCAGCAUCGAGGAUUCAAGGAUUCGUCUGGACCCUCGUCAAAGGGCAAGAACAAGUUCCUGAUUUCGAGGAGUUUGAUCGAGGAGGAUGUGCCGCCGCCACUGCCGCAGCGGAAUCCCCCCCGGCAGUUGAACUUGGACCUGAAAAAUGGCAAUGCCACGCACCUGGUGGCUCCUGUUUCGGAUCUCGAUCGGGCCACCAGUCCCCAGUUGAAUAGGUCGCAGCAGCAACCGAGCAGCACAGACAACAGUCCGAGCAAUGCCAAGUCGUCAAAGCGAUCCAAGAUAAAAACGAAGGCCUUGUCCGAUCCCAAGAUGUCCACCCAGAUGUUUCUGCAAAUGGAAUCGGCCUGUGCAGCGGGUGGUGGGGCAGCCGGAGGAGGAUCCAUCGAAGUGGACGGUGGUCCGCCACCGCUGCCUCCCCGUUUGCCGGGCAUGAUGACGGAGGACAUGAGCCGUGGCAGUUGUCAGAACCUGGCGCAGCCCAAUUCCGUGGGCACAGCCUUCAACUAUCCCCUGGUUUCCACCACAACGGCCGUGCAGAACGACAACCUGAACAUAGCCUUUCCUUUGUCCCAGCGGCCAAACAUUGUGCAGCAACUGCAGCAAUAUCAGCAGCAGCAGCAACAUCAAAUGAGCGGUGGCCAGGCCACAGGCGCCUUGGGACAGACACCGAAUUUGGUAAAAAACAAGCAUCGCCGAGUUGGCUCUUCACCAGACAAUAUGCAUCCACGACAUCCGGAUCGCUUGACAAAAACUACUUCGGGCUCGUGGGAGAUUGUGGAGAAAGAUGGCGAGGUCUCUCCGCCCGGAACACCGCCUCCGCCGUAUUUAUCCAGCUCGCACAUGACUGUGCUGGAGGAUCCCAACGAGAACUGUCGCGGAGCUACAGCAGGAGUCUUUAUCGAGUCGCAUCAGUUUACACCGAUGGCAGGAGCCUCUUCGCCCAUCCCGACGUCCCUACAUUCCGGCCACAUACAGGCGGCCCAGUCGAACGACACGCAAAGGGAGAUCAUUUCGAUGGAGGACGAGAACUCUUCGGACAUGGAGGAGCCCUUCAUCGACGAGAACGGACCGUUCAACAAUCUGACGCGUUUGUUGGAGGCCGAGAACGUCACCUUCCUAGCCAUCUUCCUGAACUAUGUGAUCUCGAACUCGGAUCCCGCGCCACUUCUUUUCUACCUGAUCACCGAGCUGUACAAGGAGGGCACCUCCAAGGACAUGCGCAAGUGGGCCUACGAGAUCCACUCGACAUUCCUGGUGCCACGUGCUCCCCUGUCGUGGUAUCGCCAGGAUGAGUCGCUGGCCCGCGAGGUGGACAACGUGCUGCAACUGGAGUUCGACAAGGUGGAGAUCCUGCGCACCGUCUUCUUGCGCAGCCGCAAGCGGGCCAAGGAUUUGAUCACCGAGCAGCUGCGCGAGUUCCAGCAGAAGCGCACCGCUGGCCUGGGCACCAUCUACGGACCCACGGACGAGAAGCUGGCCGAGGCGAAGACAGACAAGUUGAAGGAGCAAAUCAUCGACAAGUACUUGAUGCCCAAUCUGCAUGCGCUGAUUGAGGAUGAGAAUGGUUCGCCGCCGGAGGAUGUGCGUAAGGUGGCCUUGUGCUCGGCCCUUUCCACAGUCAUCUAUCGAAUUUUCAACACUCGUCCGCCGCCGAGCAGCAUUGUCGAGCGGGUCCACCACUUUGUAAGCAGAGACAAGAGCUUCAAGUCACGUAUUAUGGGCAAAAAUCGCAAGAUGAAUGUUCGUGGUCAUCCAUUGGUAUUGCGUCAAUACUAUGAAGUGACGCACUGCAAUCAUUGUCAGACGAUUAUCUGGGGUGUGAGUCCGCAAGGUUAUCAUUGUACAGACUGUAAAUUGAAUAUACACCGCCAAUGCUCGAAAGUAGUUGACGAGAGUUGUCCCGGUCCAUUGCCCCAGGCGAAACGUCUAGCCCACAACGAUAAAAUCAGUAAAUUCAUGGGAAAAAUUCGACCACGCACCAGCGACAUUACUGGAAAUGAGAAACGCAGUCGCCCAGAUGAGGAUGUGGACGUUGAGUUGACUGCAGAUCGCGGACAGCCGUCGAUAGUGCGCCAACCUUCGGAUCGUCGGCCGGAUGCGAACAUAUCGAUACGCUCGAAUGGAAAUACAUCCUGCAACACUUCGGCGCUGAACACCACCGACCUGCAGAGUUCGUUUCACGGCAGCUGUGCCAACGACAGUAUUAACCCCGGUGGUGCAGCCGGAUGCAACAUGGAUCUGUCCACGAGUGUGGCCUCUACGGCUCCGUCGAGCAGUGGAUCCGUAUCCGCCGGCCUGAGUGCGUUUACCGAGCUGAAUGCACCGGAUGCAGUGGAGAAGGAUGCACGUAGGGAGCGUUACAGUCAGCAUCAUCCGAAGCAUAAAAGCGCGCCAGUCUCUGUUAAUCGCUCCGAAUCCUACAAGGAGCGCUUGUCCAACAAGAGGAACCGCAACAGUCGCCGCAAGACCUCUGAUCCAAGUUUGUCGUCGCGUCCCAACGAUGAGCAACUGGACUUGGGUUUGGCGAAUGCCAACUAUGUGGCCAGUUCCAAUUCUAGUCUCUCUUCAGCUGGAGGCAGCGAGAGUCCCAGCACUUCGAUGGAGCACUUUGCUGCCACUGGUGCUGCCGGUGGCGUCCAGGUACCGCCGAUUGGGCUGAACCACAGCCAGCAUCCACACCAGCUUAUCCAGCAGCAUGCCCAGCUGUACUGCCAGCAGGAUUCCUUUCAGGCGGGUUUGGCAGGAGCUGGAGCAGGUGCAGGAGGUAGUACGGCCAGCAACUCAAGCUUCUGGAAUGCCGGCCAUCCGUUGGCCAGGCAAUGGAACCUGGAGAGCGACGACGAGGACGAUGUCAACGAGGCCGACUGGAGUUCCAUGGUGGCCGCCGAGAUGCUGGCAGCUUUGACGGAUGCCGAAAAGAAGCGUCAGGAGAUUAUCAAUGAAAUCUACCAAACUGAACGCAACCAUGUGCGCACCCUCAAACUGCUGGAUCGUCUGUUCUUCCUGCCACUCUACGAGAGUGGACUGCUGUCGCAGGAUCAUCUGCUGUUGCUGUUCCCGCCCGCACUGCUCUCGCUUCGUGAGAUUCACGGCGCCUUCGAGCAGCGUCUGAAGCAGCGACGCAUCGAGCAAAACCACAUUGUGGAAACCUUGGGAGACCUGCUAGCCGACAUGUUCGACGGCCAGUCCGGAGUUGUGCUCUGCGAGUAUGCUGCGCAGUUCUGUGCCCGCCAGCAAAUCGCCCUGGAGGCCCUGAAGGAGAAGCGCAACAAGGAUGAGCCGCUGCAGAAGCUGUUGAGGAAGUCGGAGUCGCACAAGGCAUGUCGACGGCUCGAACUGAAGGACUUGUUGCCCACUGUGCUGCAGCGUCUCACCAAGUACCCUUUGCUGUUUGAAAACCUGUACAAGGUGACGGUGCGAUUGCUGCCGGAGAACACCACCGAGGCGGAGGCCAUCCAGCGAGCCGUGGAAUCCUCGAAAAGGAUUCUCGUCGAGGUCAACCAUGCCGUGAAAACAGCCGAGGAUGCUCACAAAUUGCAAAACAUUCAGCGCAAACUAGACAGAUCCUCCUAUGACAAGGAGGAGUUUAAGAAGUUGGACCUGACCCAGCAUCACCUGAUCCAUGACGGAAACCUGACGAUCAAGAAGAAUCCUAGCGUCCAGCUGCACGGCUUGUUGUUUGAAAACAUGAUCGUAUUGCUGACCAAGCAGGAAGAUAAAUACUAUCUAAAGAACCUGCACAACCCGGCGGGGUUGACCAAUAAGCCUGUUAGUCCCAUUAUGAGCAUCGAUGCCGAGACUUUGGUGCGCCAAGAGGCGGCCGACAAGAAUUCCUUUUUCCUCAUCAAGACAAAGACAUCACAAAUGUUGGAACUGCGUGCGCCCAGCAGCUCGGAAUGCAAGACAUGGUUUAAGCACAUCUCGGAUGCUGCUGCCCGCCAGUCGAAGAAUCGUUCGAAGAACGCCUCGAACAGCCAUGACACGAGUACUAGUGACCCAGCGCUCACUGCUAUUCCGCAUUCCAGCACCAAGGAGUCGCUGGAGCUGACCACCGAUUGUGCCCAGCCAAUGGCGGCGACAGCCACGGUGACCACCACACCCCUGGCACCCAUGCUACCGAUAGCCACUGUGACGCCGGCUCCAGCUACGAACAAUGUUAGCUCCCUUACCGGCGUGCAGCUGCGUAAUACGCAAAAGGAUGUGGUGGCAAAUGAAUCCGAUGCAGAUUAUGUCAACACACCGAAGCCACAACGUUCGAGCCAGAAUGAAGUUAAUCGAUCCAUGUCCAUACGGAGCACUGGGGAGCCCAGCCAAAAGUAUUCCGCAACUGGAUCAUCAGAGGCGGCAAACGACGUCACAUUGCGCCACUCUCAGUCGGCGCGCGAAUCGGUUAGGCCAGGAUCGAGUGGCGAGGAAAGGAACUCCACCUACGGCAUGGUGGGUGGUCACUCCAAGCGCGAUAGUGCCAGCAUAGUCUGCUCGAACAACUCGAACAACACGCGCACGCUGCUGAUGCAGAGCCCCCUGGUGGAACCCACGGCCAUCCAGGUCAGCAUCAGUCCAGCCCACACGGCGGAACCCGUGCUGACGCCGGGCGAGAAGCUGCGGCGCCUGGAUGCCUCCAUCCGGAGUGACUUGCUGGAGAAGCAGAAAAUCAUUUGUGAUAUCUUCCGUUUGCCCGUGGAGCACUACGACCAGAUUGUGGACAUUGCCAUGAUGCCGGAGGCCCCGAAAGACAGUGCAGAUAUUGCCCUCGCUGCCUACGAUCAGAUUCAAACGCUGACCAAGAUGCUGAACGAGUACAUGCACGUGACGCCCGAGCAGGAGGUCUCAGCGGUGUCCACUGUGGUCUGUGGCCACUGUCACGAGAAGGAGAAGCUGCGCAGGAAGGUGUUGGCGUCGGCGGCAUCAUCCUCAUCGCCGCCACCGCUGCCGCCGCCGAACAGGCAGCAUGCCCAGGCCCAGGCCCAGAUACCGCCAUCGCGCCUGAUGCCCAAACUACAAACCCUUGAUCUUGACGAAGUUGCCAUACACGAGGACGAUGACGGGUACUGUGAGAUCGACGAACUGCGCUUGCCAGCGAUACCCUCCAAGCCGGCACAUGAGAGGCCCACCACGCCACUGGCUCCAUUUAAAACUGAGUCGAAAACUUCACCAUCUGUUGUGCUAGAGUCGACGAAACGCCAAAGCAUGGAAGUUGUUCCUGAGAGUCUGCCAGUGGAGAAGGCAGAGAUCGAGGCCGAGGUUGUGGCUUUGGCAGAGAAGGAAGCACAGGUUUUGGAUACACGACCUACUACAAGUGAACCAAGUAGCCAAGACAAUCACAAUACGGAGGCGGAGAGCACCAAGGAAGUGGCUGAUUUGACGAUAGCUGAUAAUGAGCUGCCGGCAACUGCAUCAACUGAUGGGCUGCCAAGCCAGAGUAGCGAGAUUAAAACAACAGAAAACGAAGAAAAACAAAAUCUUGUGGCGGACGAACAAGUGGCCAACGACAGAGCCAUCGAACAAGUGACAGUAUCCAGAGUCGAUAGCUCAACGCAGACAUCACCUAUAGAAGCGGAAAAGCUACCAACUGGAGCUGGAGGAUCGGGCAGCACCUGUGGGCCGAAUCGCAUCCAGCAUGCCAGUGUGCUGGAGCCGAGUGUGCCUUGCCAUGCACUCAGCAGCAUUGUGACAGUACUGAAUGAGCAGAUUUCCAUGCUUUUGCCAAAAAUUAACGAGCGCGAUAUGGAAAGGGAGCGAUUGCGAAAGGAAAAUCAACACCUGCGCGAACUUCUAAGUGCGCUGCAUGACAGACAGCGAGUUGAUGAAGUAAAGGAAACUCCGUUUGAUCUUACGAGGCUGAUGCAUGCUGAGGAUGUAGAGUUUGACGAUGACAUUGACGCCAUUUCCAACAGUUCGCUGACGCCAACGCCCACGCCGAUACCCACGGCUUCACCUAUUGGCCAAGUUCAGACACCGGAAGCCAUUAGAGUUAACAGCACUGAGGAUGAGGAAUGAAUAGGAAACUUGUUUAACUUUUUUUUUGUAUAAAAUACAUAUUUGUUCUGUUUUUGCCCCCCUACACGCAUUUGACCAAUUGAAUUGGCGGCGUCUGUGUUUUACAAGUAGCCUUUCUUAGAGCAUGCCUUUUACUACUGUUAAUGUAGCUUCAUUUGUUUUCCUAAAAUAUAUAUAUGAUGUAUUCCACAAGAACACCGUAACACACUUUGAAUUAAGCCUAACAAUGUCCCCUCGUAAAACUAAUUAAAUACAUAUAUAUAUUCAUAUUAUCGACUUAAAGAAAUAUCAGCUAAAUACACAAUGUUUGAUACAUUUAUAAAGAGAACAAUAAACCAUAUAGUUAUUGAGAUUGAAAA